UUCAAAAUGCGCGGUUGUUUUUCCCAAAUCACACCAAACAUCGACCAAACUAGGGAGAGCGGGAGAGUGAGGCAACCACCCACCACUGCCGACCACCACCACUGCUUCCCCACCUCCGGCAACCACCUCCUAUUGGCAAGAGACCCCUGUGCCUCCGUCAACCACCACCACCGCACCGACGAGAUUCAAAACCACGCAGAGAGAGGACUACGAACCAGAUCGACGAACUUCGACCAAGAUGAUGUCGCCGGAGUCUAUUCCGUCGGCAAUGCCCUCUCCAUCGCCGAAGUGGAGGACAAACGAAGAUGACCAAAUUGAUUUUGGCAGAGUCACUGGAGAAGAAGAAGAGUUAUGGAGUGGAUAUAGUGAAAAUGAAGAAGAGGUAGGUCCUUCAAACAAAGAGUGUGAUGGGAUAAAUACUACUGAGGAUGGGAAGGAGGCAAUAGAAAAUUGUGAAGAUAGAGUUGAGGAACCAAAAGUGGGAAUGACAUUCGACUCAUUAGACAAAGCUUAUUUCUAUUACUGUCAAUUUGCUAAAGAAAAAGGGUUUGCUGUGUGCAAAAGAACAUCGAGAAAGGGAAAAGAUGUGAAGUUGAGUUAUGUAACUCUUUCUUGCAGUCGUGGUGGAAAGGCAAAGGUGACAACAAGCAACCUAGCAAAACCACGUCCGCAAUCCAAAAUUGAUUGUCCAGCUCACGUUACUGUUGUUAUACUGCCGGAUGGAAAGUGGAGGUUAAACCGGAUUGUUUUGGAGCACAAUCAUGUACAGAGCCCUUCAAAGGUACGGUAUUUCAAGUGCAAUAGGAUACUUGAUGAUCAUGUCAAAAGAAAGCUUGAACUAAAUGAUAAAGCCGGGAUCAACCUGAACAAGACUUAUGACUCACUUCAGAUUGAGGCUGGGGGACCUGGUAAGCUUCUGUAUGGUCAGAAAGAUUGCCGAAAUUAUGUGGAUAAAGUGCGACGUUCACUAGUUAAGGAAGGAGAUGCUGAGGCAAUGCACAAUUAUUUCAUGAAGAUGAAAGCCGACAAUUCUGACUUCUUUUUUGCAAUGGAUUUGGAUGAUAAUGGUCGAUUAAGAAAUGUCUUCUGGGCUGAUGCAAGGAGUAGGGCAGCUUGUAAGGAGUUCGGUGAUGUUGUGACCUUUGACACAACGUACUUGGUAAACAGGUAUAACAUGCCUUUUGCUCCAUUUGUAGGUGUGAAUCAUCAUGGUCAAUCUAUUUUAUUGGGAUGUGGGCUAAUUUCUCAUGAAGAUACAGAGUCAUUUUCGUGGCUAUUUCAAACUUAGAAGACAUGCAUGUGGGGUCGUGCUCCGAGAGCAAUUAUUACCAACCAAUGUUUGGCUAUGAAGAAUGGUAUAGAAAAAAUAUUCCCUAACACCCGACAUCGGUGGUGCAUAUGGCAUAUUAUGAAAAAGUUGC